GAGAGCAAGCGAGGUCAUAGGGAGCAUUAAACAUGGCGGCGAAGGCAAGCUAAUGUGUUAUAAAUACAUUAGCAAGGAGUUCCAUGGUAAAGCAGCACAUAUCUGAACAACACAGCUGAAUUUUCGCGUUUUAAUUUAAAUCAAGACCGGACAUAUUGUAUCCAUCACGCGUUUGGAGGCGACUGUGCUGGAAGCAGUUCUGUGGAAGAAAAGGUAUUAAUGGCAUCUGCUGCCCUGAAAUUGGCGGAGCAGAGAGGCGAGUCAAUGGGUUUGCCCUAUGAAAAGGAUGAGGAAGAGCAUAUGGGACUGGCUAUCCAUGAGAAUAAAGAAGUAACUCAUGAUUUGGGUAAAGAACUCCUCAGUUCUUCAGAGCCUCAGAAGAUGGAGUCAGAGCUGCAAAAGUCUGGCUGUGAUCUACCCGAUAAAGGUGUGAAACCAGAGACUAACUCUGACAUGACCAGUGCAACAUUAGAGAAGAGCCAAGAACUACCUCAAGGGCAGACACAUACCUCCCAAGUUCCCCGAGAUGUAUGCCAGGAGAGUUCACUUAACAAAGAGGCAGUCCAGAAGAAGCUAGGGCGUCCUAAUGCAAGCCCCCGGGUUGAGAAGACCCCUGCCAAAAGGAGGAAAAAGGAAAUCAUUCCACAGAUUCCACCCCAACAUGAGAAUUCUACAACCUUGGAUACAUCUGAACUAACUGCUAGUGGUCGGCCCAAGAGGAGAGCUGCUAAAGCUGCCUUAGAUUAUCUCCACAACCUGGCCAAGGAUCUUAGUCAUACAGAGUCCUCAACGAAAGACACGCACAAACAUAAUGAAGUGGACAGCAAGUCAAAGAAGAAGGACACAGCAAGAGGGAAGGGGACAAAGAGAAAAGUUCCAGGUUAUAACAGUGACAUAGAUGAUGAGGAUUUCACCCCAGAAAAGGAUGAUGAGGCAGAGAGUGAGGAUGACGAAGAUGACGAGGAUUCAGAGCCAGGCAUGGCUUUGUCAUGGAGCUUGGACAUGGAGCGCCGAAACAGACAGUCUAAAGGACGUUUUCCAUGUAUGCUGCCAAAUGGCUUGACUAACAAUGUCAUGGAACAUGUCUGGAACUGUUUUAGGAGGACCAAGGAAUUCCAUGAUGAAAACUUCUCCCCGUGGGUAUUUCCUGAGUGGAUUCCUUCUGCUAAAGACUGGCAUUUCCUGACUUACAGUGAGGCUGAAAAGUAUUUGCCCCAAGAGAAAACAUCUGCUGCUUUCACUUUUACACGAGAAAACAUCAAAGGAAAGAUUGAACUGCAGAGGAUGAAUAGGUUUGAAUCAUUGCCACAUCACACUUCCCGCUGGGACUCUCUAUUCUUUGUGGGGGGUCCCGUGCGAUCCAUGGAGUGGUGCCCGUGUCCUGACGGGGCAGCAGGAACAAAGUAUGCUGCCAUCUACUGCCACAAGGGCAUGGACGACAGACACAAAAUCAACCAGCUGCACACAGGGCCUGUCUUACUGCAGCUGUGGGACUUCGGAAGCCUUCAGUGCAAAAGCAGACCCUCGACUGCUCCUCAUCUAGCAUAUGCUCUGGCCAUAGAUGACGGAUGCAUCUGGAAUAUUAAGUGGUGUCCUGCGGGAGUGUGGGAACAGCCCUCCACCAGCAGAAAGACUCUACAGAUGGCUAGAUUAGGUCUUCUAGCUGCAGCUUUCUCUAAUGGAACCAUCAGAGUCUACAGUCUUCCUCACCCAGAAGCCCUUACAGCACACCAUCUGACUAAAGGAGGACCCAGCCAAGCACUGCUGAUAUGCCGGGUGAAACCAGUUCUGACGUUGAAAAUGGGCUCUAGCCAGGCAGAUCAUAAAGGCCAAAGUGGCAUGUGCUUUGCUAUGGACUGGCUCUAUGUCAAGCCACACAACCUUCUGGCUGCUGGCUUCUAUGAUGGUGUGGUAGGUCUGUGGGAUCUGGCUAGCAAGUCACCACUGCUGAAAGUCAAGUCUUCAGAUGGUUUUUUUUUUCUUUACCCUUACCACUGCUUCCUGGCCCACGACGAGUCCAUACGAACCCUGUGCUGGUGCAGAGCCUCAAGUAACUUGUUGGUGACAGUCGGAGAUGACCGCAUGGCUAAAAUGUGGGACCUGAGGAAAACCUACGUACCCCUCUUUGCGGUAAAGCGUUGUCUGUCCCCUGAAGUGUACUGGCCCCUCUUUUGGAGUGGCAUCUUCAUCGCUCAGGAGUGUUGCUAUGCCACGUUUGGACAGCAUGGGGUUCAUUAUUUUGAUUCAGGUUACCUUGGAAUAAGGCCUUUCUUUGUAUGUCCCAGAAGAGCCACUCUUUGGAGUCUUUCUAUGUCUGACUGGAUAAAUGCUGUUGCUGUUGGGGACAAUAGUGGAGAUUGUUUAUUUAGUUUGAUUCCUCAAAUGAACUCCGAUCCCAGCUCUAUGAGGCGACGAAGAUUUUCAGUCUACAGAACUGACCAGGUCCAGUUUCAACCCGGUCAGAGGCCUGGAGAUGAGAAAGAGGAGGAAGAGGAGGAAGGUGAGAGUGUUACAAGUAUUCCUGGACAGGAGCCACGGAGCUACAAAGGAGCCAUCAAAAAGUAUUACCUCCACUUUCACGACAUGGACCUGGGGAACUUUGCUAAGUGUGACGAGCGGCCCAUGACGAAGCAUAUGCAACAAGCUGAGAAUAAAGGUGAUAUUAAAGUGGAACAGAUGCCAUUAAGCGCACUCUACAAGGUUCGUUUUAACCCAAAUAUGGAUGCAUACACCUGGGUUUUGUCCGGAGGUCAGUCUGGGUUAGUGCGUGUGCACUGUAUACGUGGACUAAGCGGCUCUUUGAUGCUGAAGCAGUUGCGUGAGGCUCAAGCUCAGUUCAGCGCCAUGUUCCAGUCUCAGGAGCCUGAGGACUCUGUGACAGCUGUUCGUCACAGGACAGCUGAUACUGUACAAGUGCACUAGUCUCAUCCCCCUCACCCUCUCUGAUCUAAUAGAGAUUGGUAGGGCCUGUGAUGUCAUAAUAGACUUAAAGGCUUGGUUGGCCAGCCUUUCAUAUUUAAAUGACUUAUGUCACUCCCACUUUUUAUAUUUAACUUAUAUUGACAGCAGGAAAAACUAUUUUGAAUAUAAGCCUCUUUAAAGUCUUGUUAAUAUAUAUAUAUAUAUAUUUGUUUUUAGCAAAGUACUGGUGUACAGAGAGCAAAACCUUUUGAGCUUCACAGCAUCGACUUAAACCUCAGACAAAAAGACUGUGAUGUUUUUAGUUCAGGAUUAUUAUCUAAACUUGUGAUUUUCUUCUAAAUGUGGUGCCCUUUACAAGAAGUGUGUAUACUAUUAAAAUUGUCAGCAUUUACUGUACUUUCAGGACUGAUACAAGUUUGGUUCAGUGCUGUAUUAUAAUCAAACUUAAAGCUUUAUCAAACAUCUUGACAUUUAGUGAGUAAACAUUGGGCUGGAUCUAUGCAAUUUUUCUACCCUCAUAAUAUCUGUUUCUGUUUUCUACCUGUUUUGUUUUUUUUGUUUUUUUUGCCUGCUAAGGAUGCAAUUUCUUACCCUAAAACUACAUUUUAAAGGAAUAGUUUCACCAAAAAAUAAAGUCCUGUCUUUAUUUACCUGCCCUUAUUUUGUUCCAAACCUGCAUUAAAUUAUUUCUUUCUCUUGAGAAACACAAAAAGCGAAGAAUGCACUGUGUAAGUAAAACAAACAAGGACUGACUCUGUCAAGCUUUAAAAUGAAAAAAAAAAAAAAAAAAGCAACAUAAAAGUGAUCCAUAUGACUUGUGCACUAUAUUCCAAAUCUUAUUAAGCCAUACAAUAGCUUUGUGUGAGAAACAGACUGAAAUUUAUGCUGCUAUUUAACUGAAAAUCUUGAUAUCCAGCCUAGUGCUCUUUGGCACAUUCAUAAGAGAAGUAGCGAAGUCCUGAAUCUAAAUUUUGAAUCUGAUCUUUUCAAUGAAUCGGUUAAUCUAGUUCACAAAACCGGUUUGAAUAAUUUGCUCACAAAUUGGACUGAUCCCAUUUAUUUCACUCAUUCAGUUUUUCUGGUUGGUGCGGUUAAAAGCUCACUGGAUGAGAAGAUUAUCGGUGAAUAAGGACUUACAUUUUGAUAUGUUCCUCACACAAAACUAUCGUAUGACUUCUGAAGACUUCGAAUAUACCACACAAUUCAUAUUAACCACUUUAAUAAUACUUUAAUAGUGAUUUUGUGUUCUUUUUUAAGCUUGAAAGCUUACUGUAAUUGCAUGGAAAAGAGUGACCAUUACAAUUGUUCAAAAUGUCUCUCUUUGUGUUCCACAGAAGAAUGAAUGUCAUACAGGUUUGGAACAAGAGAAUAAAUGAAGAAAAACAUUUAUUUGAUUAAAAUAACUAUUUAAUACUGCA